AGGGAGAAGAAGAAGAAGAAGAAAUGAUCACGUCACGUAGGGGGGCUAUCUACUUGAUCGGAAUGCACAUCGUGCCCAACAUCGUUGGAGUCGUCCGUUUCUCCUACGGUUUUCACCGGACCUCAUCGGCACGCUUCGGGCACCUGCUCGACGCAUUGCUCGGCGUCGAGUCCGGUGUCAAUAUCGUCAGUGACGUCAUAGUGAUCCUGCUUCUUUGGAGAGUGGAGAAGGCGGGCGAGCAAACCACAUCGCCUCAAGGACUGCUCGCCACAUUCGAAAAAUGGAUAAAGGGAAAGAUGCCGCGCGUUCUCGGCGCCUUCGUGGCGUGGAACACCACCGCAAUGCUGCUCUGCUGCGGAGCCAACUUGAUGGGACUGCGAUACCCGCCCAAGUGGUACACGAACCAAGACGCAAGCAGCCUGACUCUCAGCGAAAACCUGACAAUUGUCGCGUACUGGGCUCCCUUGAUAAUCUCCGCCGCAUUCGUGAAGCUGUACUACACCUCCUUGCUGUACGGCUUCUACAAAACGUACCAGCUAACUCAGGGCAGGGCGUUCGACAAGAAUGCUCCAGUCAACGUGUGGGCCGAGGGACGGCAGCGUGGUCGCUUGUGGACGUUCACCGGGUGGCUAACAGGUGAUCGUACACCCGGUGAAAAAACUCCUGCAGGGGGUAUACCCGGUGGACGAACUCCCGGUACUCGAACCCCAGGGGCUCGAACACCAGGUACCCGAACUCCAGGUGCCCGAACUCCAGGUGCCCGAACUCCAGGUGCCCGAAGUCCAGGCGGUCGAACUCCAGGCAGUCUAACUUCUGGAGGGCCUACUCCUGGUGGAGAAACCCUACCGUCGGUUGAGCAAGCGACCUCCACUGGCGGGCAGACUUCUGGCAGUCGUACACCGAGCGGGCUUACCCCUGGGGGACGAACUCCCGGCGGACGGACUCCAGGCGGCCGUACACCCGGAGGCCGAACUCCUGGAGGACGAACGGCCACUCGUACGUUGGAAACACUAACUCCAGGAGAGAGAACGUCAAGAUUCUGGUCGCCACCGCUUCCAGGUUACGCCGAAGCGUCAGCGGGCACCGGCAGCACGACGCCGGCGUCGCAACGGCCCCGCGUCCGCGCAACGCGUCAAUCCGAAGGCGACGAGGGCGGGGCUUCUGCCACCGUGGGCAGCACCACCACAACUCUGUCCCAGACGAAGAACAAACGGCAGAAACGCGGAACCGCGACCCCCACAGUGCCGGCCCGUCUGUCAACCGCGGAACGAAAGCCUCGUCAGAGCGACCGUGCCGCCGCAGAGCAGGCGGCGUACGAGAGUAACGCUGCUACUUCUGGGACGUCAAGCGCCAGGGCCGCCAAACGUACCGAAGGCGCCGCAGGCCUUGCUGCUGACGUCAGCACUAAGGGAUCGAGGCUAUAACAUAUGUACAAAAGCAUACCGACAUCUUGGAUUCAUCCCACGAAAAUUGUCAGCUGCACCUGCGCAUGUAAAACUAAACGCCCAUAUGACUCUAGUAAGACCCAUCCUGGAGUACAGCGCCAUAGUUUGGAACCCCCAUCAGUCUUACCUGAAAAGGAAACUUGAAAGAAUUCAAAGCCUAGCACUCCGUUUUAUUUACUCCCGAUACUCCCGCUACGAUAGCGUGACACUUCUCCGUAAAAGGGCUAGCAUCUCGACGUUAGAAUGCCGACGACUAACUGCACGUAUGAAAUUUCUUUUCCUGUUAUAUCAUGAUUGCAUCAACAGAACUAAAGACUUGUACCUAAAGCCACCUCACCACCGCUCCAAAAGAAUCAAUCACGACUUGUGCAUACGGCCAUUUGCUGCUAGAUGUAAUUUACUCAUAUUUUCUGUUUUUCCUCGAUCCAUAGAACUAUGGAAUAGCCUGCCCCGCCAUAUUGUGAAUGAUGUGUCAAUUGAUGUUUUUGUUGCGAACGUUGAAUCUUUCUUUGAAAAUGCUUUUGUAAAUGUGCUGUAGUCACAGCCUUCUUGAUUGUGAGUCAUGAAUUGUAUGAUUCUAAAGCUCUGCACACUUUUUGAUUCUAUUAUUUAUAUAAGUUAUGUAUCUUUUCAUUCGUGUUCCGGAACACCAAACCUGUUGUACCACCUAUUGUACAUUCCACUCCUGUCAGAGCCUGAGAAAGGCUCACAGUAUUAUGAAAUAAAUAAAAUAAAUAAAAUAAAAAA